GUACUACUUGAUCCUCUUGUGUACCGUUCUCCUUCGCGCUUCUUGAAUGAAGGGGCUGCAAACCUGCCGGUCCCAAGAGCGAGAGGUGUUAAGCGGAUCGGCAUCACCAAUUCACCAUGCUUGCGUUGCUAGGUGGAGGCCGGCGGCGGGUUGCCAAGCCUUAGGUGGCUGCAGCCUUGCAGUCGUCGCGUAGCAUAUCAAUAAGCGGCGGCCAGAGCGGAAAUCGCCGUGGUGUAGAUAGCGGCCGGAUGCACCGAGCUCACUGGCGGCGGUGGGCAGCAACCACGCCGGCGUGGUAUCGAGGUGGGGCCGUUGGCGACAUUGCCAGGCGCGGGCCGCGUCCAAGCUGGUCGAGGGCAACAACACAAUUGUCCUGCAGACACACGAGUUCGGUCUGGGCUGUAAACGAAGAGAUUUUGCUGUGCCAGAGACAGGCGGAGACAGUUGGGGAACGGGCGCCCCCGGCUGGGUACGUGAUUCCUGGGCAGGCUAGGCUAGCAAAGAAUUGUGGAUGAUAUGAUAUCUCUUGGUCGUUCCAUCCAAGCCAAACAGAGUUGGCCAAUUGCUCCAUCUGCUUGGAGUUUGCAUAGCAGUUGAGUUGGCAACCACUCCUGCCUCCAUUCCUAAACCACACUUCUGCCCCCAACCUCUUCACAAACCUCACUUGAUAAUGCACAGACUCGUCUCUGCCUCUAUAAAUCCCCUCUCCGACCAUGCAAACACAACCAUGCAAUUAAGCUAGCUAAGCAGUAAGCACCACUCUCUCAUCUCACAAACCCCCUCCCUGCCUGCAUUCUCCUCCCCAUCAUCCACGUAGUGCGUGGCAGCCACCAUGAGCACCAGCGAGGCCGGAGCCGCCGCGACCGUCAUCCCCAUCGACGACGUCGCCCGUCACCAUGGCGCCGCAGGCAAAGCGCCGGUCACCGCGGCGCCACCUCCCGCUGCAGCCGCUGUCCCAGUAGCUGCCGCCGCCCCCGCUGCGACGACGACGGCGCCACGGAAGAUCGGCCUCCCUUUCUUCCGGCAGGCCGACCGCGGCAGCCGGUGCGUGGCGCUCAUCGACUUCGUGCUGAGGAUCGCGGCCUUCGGGCCCACCCUCGCGGCCGCCAUAGCCACUGGCACGUCCGACGAGACGCUCUCGGUGUUCACCCAGUUCUUCCAGUUCCGCGCCCGCUUCGACGACUUCCCGGCACUCCUGUUCUUCAUGGUGGCGAACGCGAUCGCGGCUGGGUACCUGGUGUUGUCGCUCCCCUUCUCCUUCGUCAUCGUCCUGCGCCCACAGGCCACCGGCUUGCGGCUUCUCCUGCUCGUCUGCGACAUGAUAAUGGUCGCGCUGCUGACGGCAGCGGCUGCGGCGGCCGCGGCCAUCGUAGACCUGGCGCAUUCGGGGAACCUGCGGGCCAACUGGGUGGCCAUCUGCAUGCAGUUCCACGGAUUCUGCCAGCGCACCAGCGGCGCAGUGGUCGCCUCCUUCCUCGCCGUCCUCGUCUUCAUACUCCUCGUCAUCAUGGCCGCCUUCGCCAUCAGGAAACGCUGAAUGCUACUCUGAUCUAGCUGCAUCCUACUCUUUUACCAAUUAUCUAUGCGUAUCAUGUGCUGCUGUGUGCUUUGGUGUUUUGCGUGUGAUUUUUCAGUUGCGUUGUGAGCUAUUCGUGUAGUGUGAACAUUGUUGGCCAGUGGAGUGCAUUGUUCUUGUAUGAGUUUCAGCCUUAUUGCUUGCAAAUGGAUUGAUCGAUCGGUCUUCAAGUUAGUCUAUUUCCUCAAUUCAACAUAGCUCAAAAAGUUAGUUAUUCCGUCGAAACUGUCCAUGCUAGUUUUUCAAUAGACAUCAUUUAAAUAAGAGUGAAUUGUAUAAAACUAUAAGUACUGUGUCAUUUGUAAUAUAAAACUUUAAGUAUUAUGAUUAGUAACACAAAACUACAAGUAUUAUACAUUAAUUUCA